CGGCUCUCCCGCACGCGCGGGUGCGCACCGCGCCUGAGCGCCCGCCUUGGUCCGCCCCUCCUGCGGGAGCUGCGGGACGGGCUCGCCUUCCCUGGGGCUUCCUUCCCGACGGGUCCCGGGAGCUGCGGGACGGGCUUGCCUUCCCUGGGGCUUCCUUCCCGACGGGUCCCGGGAGCUGCGGGACGGGCUCGCCUUCCCUGGGGCUUCCUUCCCGGCGGGUCCCGCUGAGGCCGGGAUCCGUGUGCCCGGGAUGUGAUGCAGUGUCCUUGGGUGGGCAGGAAGCGGUAGAGCAAACGAGGGUUUUCUGGUUUUCCUUCGUCGUUAGCGGUGGUCUUCCAGUGUAAAGCUGUGACUGCAGUGACUCUGCAAGAUCGAUGUCUUCUGCUGUAAGGACAUAACUUCAAAAGAGGAAUCAAGACCAGCCAAAACAUGAGAAGAUAUAUUCAAGAUGAUCCAGCCAGAAGAUUUUUCACUUCAUAGAAAUAUUAUUUUUGUUUAAUAUGUAAUAUAAUUUGACAAAGCCAAAUUCACUUACUUUUCUCAAGAUUUGGACGUGCCUGUGGCCUGCAGCAGAAAUGUUUCUAACAUUUUCAAGAAAAAAUAUGUCCCAGAAACUGAGUAUGUUUUUACUAGUCUUUGGAAUCAUUUGGGGUUUGAUGUUGCUACGCUACACUUUUCAGUAUCCAAGACGCCAAAGCAGUGCUGAGUUGCGUGGACAGAUAUUAGAUCUCAGUAAAAGAUAUGUCAAAGCACUGGCAGAAGAAAAUAAAAACCUAAUGAAUGGUGGUGGUGGAGCCUCCAUGUCCGGAUAUGCUGAUCUUAAGAGAACAAUUGCUGUUCUUCUGGAUGACAUUUUACAACGCCUAGUGAAAUUGGAAAACAAAGUUGAUUACAUCGUUGUGAAUGGCUCAGCAACAAAUACCACUAAUGGAACUAAUCAUCAGGUGCCUGUGACUUCAAAUAAACGUGGAAAGCCAGCAAGCAACAUUAGAUAGCAAACAGGACCGCUUUGUGUUGCUACAUCAUUGAUGGGUAAUAUUUAAGAUAAGCUUUUUGUCUCGGCUAGGGCAAAGCAGUAGUUGAUUCUAAAACAAGCGUAAAACUAUUGUAUUCUACAAUGUGCUUGGAUCUAUGUAGGCCUAACAUGUGCUUAGGUUCUCAAAGCAUUAUUUCAUUGCCUUUGAGCAGUGCUUCUGAAGUGAUCUUUGUUGUCUCUAAAGAUAUUUUGAUAUGAUUUGAUGUAGUAGACCAUUGGAUAAUAACAAUACGUGGAAAGCAAUGGGAAUCUUAUUGGUAGAUUUCUAAAUAUAUUUAUUUAAGUAUGAAUAUAACAUAUCUUUUGGAUAGGUGGGCGGUAUUGUAGCUUACUUGUUUUUUGUGAUCUGCAUUAAGCCAAGGUAACUGAGGAAAAUGUGUUGCUAAACAGAUGUUAGGAGAUGUGUACACUUAAAAUAUUUUCUUACUUAUUUACUAAAACAAUAUUAAAUUGAGGAUAGCAUUGGUGGUAAUAUUUUAAAAUUGUGACCCAAAGAAUGUAUUUAUUUGCACUAUCUGUCAGAAUAGUUAAAGAGAAUUUACUGUAUAUUUAAGAAAAUUUAUUAUAAUAGGAAAACUUAGGUAGUAACACUGUCCAGGUUUAUCUUUAUGCCAGAGAUAGGGCAGUUAGAUUAUCAAAAGCAAAUCAUCAUCUGAUAUAUCUUAGAUGAUUAUUUCUUAAAAAGAUAUUUAAGUGUAUGUAUUUUGUAAUUGCAGAUAAAAUUAUUUAAGUGAUGGAAAUAAGUUUUGGAUAUGUGAAUACAGUUUAUUUUUAUUCAUUGCUGUUUGUUUUUAACAUUUUAAUGCCUUGCAGUUUGUGUUUAGUAUAGCACACCAUCUCCCUGAAUUGCUUUCUUGAUCAGAAGGAAAAGCAAUGAAGGGAAUCAAAGGCAUCUCUACAUUUAACAGAGGUAUAUGUACUAAGGGUGUCUAAUCAUGGAAUAUUUGAGAGGUAAGGUAAUGUUUGCCUUACGUCUAAGUCAGCCUUACAGCAAAGUGAGUUGCAUGCAGUGUGGUGCACUGUAUCUCAAAUGUUACUGAAAUUAUAUUAAAGUGCCACUGAACCUGUUUUUUUGAACUGUACUGAAUGUUUAGGGGGGACAGGAUGUUCAGGGACUUUUGCCAGAAGUGUCCUGUAAGUGAGGUUUUGGGGAUGAGUAAAACCGGAGGCAUUGGGUGAUAUACCAGGCAAAGUUAUGUGUUUUUUUCCUUUCUUCUGUUUCCCUGCUGACAUUCUCAAUGGUUAUAAAGGAAAAUACAAUUGCAAUCUUAGUUAGUACUUAGUAUCCAGUUGAUUUUUUUUUUGUCACAUUGUGUGUAAACAUGUACUCACUUCAAAGCAGAAAGAGAAAAAUAAAUUUCUAAUUGUACUUGUAAA